ACGUCCGUUAUUGAUAUUGUGUUGUUUAAGGUGGUGUGUAAAGCAAAUAGUGUAGUGUUGGAUAUUGCCAAAUAAGGAUCAUUGCAGAUAUUUGAAUGCUAUUCUAACCUCUGACUGUACAUAGACUUGGCAAAAAAAACUAUCUUAUUUGAUAGAAAAGGCUAACACUUGGCAUAAAGUCUAAAAGAGAUUUAACUUUAACCCGACUGUACAGAUACGAAACCAAAGAUUAAGUUAAGUGUAGUGUAGUGUACAAAUGUUCGAGACACGAAGAUGCAGCGACCUCUGAGCAACGUCAGCGUGCAUUCCUACCAGGACUACCAGCCCAGCAGGAAAUAUGGGCCACAGUAUGAGCCGGGCGGCUACGCGGCCGCCGUCCAGCAGCGCAGCAACAUGACUCAGCGGGAGGACGCGCUCAAGUUCGAGCAGGGCCGCAUCAAGGCCUUACAAGAAGAACGGUUGCAUAUACAGAAGAAGACGUUCACAAAAUGGAUCAACUCAUUUUUACAGAAGGCCCGCAUGGAGGUCGAAGAUCUGUUCACGGACCUAGCGGACGGCAGGCGACUCCUCAAGCUGCUGGAGAUCAUCAGCGGGGAGCGCCUCCCCCGCCCCAACUCGGGCCGCAUGAGGGUGCACAAGAUCGAGAACGUUAACAAGAGUCUCAGCUUCCUGCACACUAAGGUGCGGCUCGAGUCGAUCGGCGCCGAAGACAUCGUGGACGGCAACCCGCGCCUCAUCCUCGGCCUGGUGUGGACCAUCAUCCUGCGCUUCCAGAUCCAGGAGAUCGAGAUCGAUGUCGACGAAGAAAAUGAAUCCUCGGAAAAGAAGUCAGCCAAGGACGCCCUGCUGCUGUGGUGUCAGCGCAAGACGAGCGGCUACCACGGAGUCCACAUCCACAACUUCUCCGACUCCUGGCGCUCAGGGCUCGGGUUCAACGCCCUCAUACACGCGCACAGGCCGGACCUGUUCCGCUGGGCGGACCUUCCAGUUCAGGACCACGUGGAGACCCUCAACCACGCCUUCGAGGUCGCGCACAAGAACCUCGGCAUCCCGAAGCUGCUUGACGCUGAGGACGUGGACAUCAACCGGCCCGACGAGAAGUCGGUGAUGACGUACGUGGCCAGCUACUACCACACGUUCGCGCGCAUGAAGAACGAACAGAAGAGCGGGCGCAGGAUCGCCAACAUCAUCGGCCAACUGAUGGACUGCGACGGACGCAAGGCGGAGUACAGCCGCCUCGUCACCGCGCUGCUCGAGUGGAUCCGGCUCAAGAUCGAAGAGUUGAACGGUCGGGAACUGCCCAACUCUUUGGAUGGCAUCCAGAGGUUGCUGCUGGCGUUUAAGCAGUACAGGACUGUGGAGAAACCUCCCAAAUACAAGGAGCGGUCCGAGAUCGAAGCCCUAUACUUUGACAUCAACACGAUGAACAAGAGUCUAGUUGGAGAAGCGUGGGCGCCGCUGGAGGGGCAGCUGCCGCAAGACCUGGAGCGCGCGUGGCAGCGCCUCGAGCAGGCGGAGCACGCGCGCGAGCUGGCGCUGCGCACGGAGCUGCUGCGGCAGCAGCGCCUCGAGCAGCUCAACUACAAGUUCAACACCAAGUCGGUGCUCCGCAAAGGCUACCUGAAGGAGAUGAUCCAGGUGCUCUCGGACCCGCGCUACGGCUCCAACCUGGCGCAGGUGGACGCCACCGUCAAGAAGCACGAGGCCAUCUCCGCCGACAUCCUCGCCAGAACGGAACGCUUCGAGGACCUGUCGGCCAUGGCGGCCGAGCUGGUGCGCGAGAAGUACCACGGCGCGGACGGCGUGGCGCGCACGGAGCAGGCCGUGCUGGCGCGCUGGCAGGAGCUGCUGGCGCUGCUGGCGCGCCACCGGGCCUCGCUGGCCGCCUUGGCGCGCCUCAUGGCUCUGCUGCGCGAGUGCGACACGGUUCGCGGCACGCUGUCGGACAUGCAGGCCGUAUUCCAAUCCGAAGAAGUAGGGCGCCAUCUAGUAGACGUGGAGCGUCUAUUGCAAGCGCAUGCACUGCAAGAGCUGCAGCUCGGAGCCCUGCACGAGAGCCUGCGGCGGCUGGCGCGCCAGGGCGAGGGCGAGGGGCACAAGGAGCUGGCGGCGCGCCUGCAGGGGCUGCAGGACGGCUACGACAGUUUGUUAGCGGCCGCUAAGGACCGCAAGGCGAGAUUGGAAGAUGCCAGAAACCUCUACCAGUUCCUGGAAGACCACGACGAAGAAGAAGGCUGGGUGACGGACAAGCAGCGCAUCUGCCGCGCCGACGUGGCCGCCAAGGACCUGCGCGGGGUGCUCGCGCUGCGCCAGAAGCACACGGCGCUGCUCACGGAGCUGCGGGCCCGGGACCACGUGUCGCAGAGACAUCGCGCUAAGGGACAGAGCCUGAUCGACGCAAAGCACCCGAAGAGCGCCGAGAUCGAACGCCGCCUGGCGUCCCUCGCCCAGCAGUGGGCGACGUUACGAGAACUCGCCGACGCCAGGGAGAAGCAACUUGAAGACGCCGCUGAAGCACACCAGUUCUACGGUGACGCGAACGAGGCGGAGUCGUGGAUGAAGGAGAAGCGGCCGCUGGUGGCGAGCAGCGACUGCGGGCGCGACGCGCCGGCCGCCGCCGCGCUGCUGGCGCGCCACCGCGCGCUGCACGACGAGAUCCGCGCCUACAGCGCCGAGCUGGACGCGCUCGCCGCGCACGCGCACCGCCUCGAGGCCGCCGGGAUACUCACGUUACAACUCCCAACAGAAGUGGAAGCGGCGCCAGCGCUCGAGGAAGAGGAAUGGGUGAACGAAUCGCGCCUCGUGCCAACGGAAGUGUGGGAGGAGGAGGAGGUGGAGCGCCUGGAGCACCGCACCGUCACCGAGGAGCGCUCCGUGCCGCAGGUGAAGGCGCUGUACGCGUUCACGGGGCAGGGCAUAUCCAUGGCGAAGGGCGAGGUGAUGUUCCUGAUCAACAAGACGAACCCGGACUGGUGGUCGGUGCGCAAGGCGGACCGCUCCGACGGCUUCGUGCCCGCCAACUACGUGCGAGAGAUCGAACCCAGAGUUGUGCCGGUGCAAGUGCGGCGGCCGGAGAAGGUGCGCACGGUGCAGCGCGUGAAGAAGACGGUGCUGGUGAAGCAGGUGGUGCCGGUGCGGCGCGCGCGCCCCGCCGCCGCCGCCCCCGCCCCCGGCGCCGCCCGCCGCGCGCGCGCGCCCGCGCCGCCCGCCCAGCCGCCGCCCGCCGUCGGGGCCAGGAUCGCCGAUAUCAAGCGGGACUAUGAUGAGCUGCUAACACUCUCAGCGGCGCGCCGCGCUCAACUCGAAGACGCGAUCAAGUUGUACAGCUUCUUCGCGGAGUGCGACGACUUCGACAAGUGGAUCAAAGAUAAAGAGAAGAUGCUGCGAGCUGAUGAUGGCGAGGAGAGCGUGGACACUGCCAAGAGGAAGUACGAGAAAUUCGUGACCGACCUCUCAGCGGCCUCCAAGCGCCUGGAGCAGAUCGAGGCUGCCGCCGAGGAGCUGGUGGCCACGGCGCACGGGCAGGCCGGCAAGGCCACCGCCAGGAGACAGCAGCUGAGGCAGCAGUGGGACAGACUGCUCAGGCUUAAACAGCAGAAGGAGAAGAGCCUGGAGGGCGCAUCAAGCGUGGAGCUGUUCAGCCGCACGUGCGACGAGGCGCUGGACUGGAUGGGCGAGAAGGAGCAGCAGCUGGCCGCGGGCGGCGCGCCGGCCGCCGACCUGCGCACCGUGCGGGCGCUGCAGCGGCGCCACGCGCAGCUCGAGCGGGAGCUGGAGCCGCUCCGGGAGAAGGUGCACACCGUGAGCCUGCUCGCCGACGACGUGAAGUCCCAGUACCCGACGGAGCGCGCCAACGUGGAAGCGAGACAGCGCGAGAUCCGCGCCGUGUGGGAGCGGUGCCGCGCCGCCGCCGCCGAGCGCCGCGCGCGCCUGGAGAGCGCCGUGGGCCACCAGAUCUUCGGCCGCAGCGCCGCCAUGCUGGACGACUGGAUCCAGAAAGUGCACGAGCAGCUGGCACAAGAGGCGCCGGCCAAGGACGUGGCGACGGCCGAGCUGCUGCUCAAGGAGCACCGCGAGCUGGAGGACGACAUCAAGGCGCACGACGACGAGUUCAAGGAAGUGAUCGGGCUGGGUCGUCAGCUGCUCGGCAACAACCCGUCGCUGGCCGACGUGGCCGACAAGAUCAAGCAUCUGGAGGCCGAGCAGAAAGCUGUCAAGAAAGGUUGGGAAGACAAGGACGCCCGUCUGCGCGAAGUGGUGGAACUGCAGGCCUUCAAUCGCGAGGCCGACCAGAUCGACGCGUCGAGCGGCGCGCACGAGGCCUUCCUGGAGUACAGCCAGAGCGGGGCGUCAGUAGACGAAGCAGCAGGCCUGCUGAAGCGGCACGAGGAGCUGGAGGCGCGCCUGUCGGCGCAGGCCGAGCGCGUGCAGGCGCUGCGCCAGCGCGCCGACAGGCUCGUGCAGCGCCCGCACCACGCCGCGCACCACAUCUCGGCGCGCAUGGCGGCGGUGGCGGAGCGGCGCGAGGCCGUACGCGCCGCGGCCGCCGCCAGGAGGAGGGCGCUGCUCGCCAACCUGGCGCACCAACAAUUCCUGGCAUCCACGGAAGAGCUCCAGGCCUGGAUACAAGACAAGACCCGGACGGCUAAAGACCAGAGCUACAGGGACCUGGCGAACUUGGAGCGUAAACUGCAAAAGCAUGAGGCGUUCGAGGCCGAACUGCAGGCCAACGAGAAACAACUCCGAAACGUCGAUAGCAUCGGCCAGUCUCUGCAGAAGUCGGACCCCGCGCGCGCCGCGGAGGUGGCGCAGCGGCUGGAGGCCGUCCACACCGCCUGGGAGGCGCUCGUGGCCGCCUCCAGGGACAAGGGCGGCAAGCUGAGGCAGGCCGCCUUACAGAGCCAGCACAGGAGAUCUGUGGAGGACGCUAAAGCGCGAUUGGUGGACCUCGAGCGCGCGCUGCGCAGCGAGGAGACCGGGUCUGAUCUGCGCAGCUGCAAGCGUCUUCUUACGCAGCAUCAGACGUUGGAGCAAGAGCUAACAACUUGGGAGCAGAAAGCCACCGUCCUAGCCAGCCAGGGGGCGGACUUAGUGUCGCUCGGGCACUUCGACGCGCCGGCCAUCGAGCGCGAGUCCGCGGCGCUGCGCGACGCCGUGCGCGCGCUGCAGCCGCACGCGCAGACCAGGAGGGACAAGCUCACGCAGAGCUUACAACUGCACAAGUUCGCCCUGGAGCUGGACGGCGAGCUGGACUGGCUGGCGGAGCGCGCCGCCGCCGCCGCCUCCGAGGCGCUCCCGGCCGACCUGCACGCCGCGCAGGCCGCGCAGAAAAAACACGCCAAACUGCGCGACGAACUCAAGGGACGGAAACAGAACAUUGAAAGGGUGCUGGCGCAUGGGAAGGAGCAUCAUAGUGAUGAUGAGAAGAUCGCGUCCCUGUGCAAGAAGCUGGAGGACGCGUACUCUGCGGUGUGCGCGGCGGCCGACGCGCGCGCCGCCCGCCUGGACUCGGCGCUGCGCGCGCAGCAGUUCCUGCACGACGCGCUCGAGGUCGACUCCUGGCUUGCUGACAAGGCCGCCGCCCUGUCCUCUGCGGAUGUCGGCAGAGACCGCCACCGCGCCACUCAGCUACUCACGAGACACAAGGCCGUGGAGCUGGAGCUGGACACGUACGCCGCCAUCAUCGCGGAGAUGGGGCACUCGGCGGCCGGCAUGGCGGCGGGCGGCGGGCCGGGCGCGGCGCUGCUGGCGCGGCACGGCGCGCUGCACGACUCCCUGCAGCGCCUGCAGCGCCUGGCCGCGCAGCGCCAGCGCGAGCUCGUCGAGAGCGUGUGCAGACACGAGUACCUGGCGGAGAGCGCGGAGCUGGAGAGCUGGAUCCAGGAGCAGUUCGCGGCGGCCGCCAGCGAGGACUACGGCCAGGACUACGAGCAUCUAUUGAUCCUGCGCUCGAAGUUCGAAGAGCUCCGGCACCGCGUGGAGUCCGGCGCGGAGCGGUUCAGCCAGUGCGAGGAGCUGGCCAAGAAGCUGCUGGCGUCCGAGAGCCCCCACAUCGCCGACAUCGAGCAGCGCCAGGAGGCGCUCGGCGAGUCCUGGCAGCGCCUUGUGGAGCAGAUCCGCUCGCGCGGCACGCGGCUGCACGCCGCCGGCGAGAUCCACCGCUUCCACCGCGACGUGGCCGAGCUGCUGGCGCGCGCCGCCGACAAGCGCGCCCAGCUGGCCCCGCCGGAGCCGCCCAGGGACCUGCCCGCCGCGGCGGCGCUGCUGCGGGCUCACGACGCCGCCGAGAACGAUCUGCUGGCCAUCGACGCACAGGUUCAGGUGCUUCAAGAGGAGGGCCUGCGGCUGCAGCGGCUGUGCCCGGGCGGCAACGUGCAGCAGAUCGCGCUGCAGCAGCAGGCGCUGUCGGACGCGUGGAGCAUGCUGCGCGCCGCUGCGGACGCGCGCCGCGCCACGCUGCAGCAGUACCUCUCCUUACAACAGUUCAGGCAACAGGUCCGUGACCUGGCGUCGUGGUCGGGCGCGCUGCGCGCCGGCCUCGCGCAGGCCCCCCGGGUCCGCGACGCCGUCAGCGCGCAGGCCGCGCGCGCCGAGCACGCCGCCGUGCGCGCCGAGCUGGACGCGAGAGACGACAGCUUCCGGGACGCGCUGCACGCGGGCCAGCAGCUGGUGCUGGCGCAGCAUCCCAGCUCGCAGGAGAUUGAGGAGCAGUGCGCGGCGCUGGUGGAGGAGCGCGCCAAGCUGCACGGCGCGUGGGCGGCGCGCCAGGUGGCGCUGGACCAGCUCAUCGACCUGCACUGCUUCCUGCGCGACGCCAAGCAGCUGCACGCGCACAGCGCGGCGCAAGAGGCGGCCUUGAGCACAGAGAUAUCUCCGACGUGCAGCGUGGAAGAAGUCGACAACAUUCUGAAGAAACACGAGGCCUUCGAGAAGCUGCUCGCUACGCAGGACGAGAAGCUGACGACCCUGAACAGCCACGGAGACAAGCUGCUUCAGCAGAACCACGUCGAGAGUCAGAAGAUCGCCGAUGAACUGCGCGCCAUUAAUGAAAGACGGCAAAAGCUGUACUCGGCGGCGGCGGCGCGGCGCGCGCUGCUGCUGCGCACGCGCGCGCGGGCGCAGUUCGCGCGCGACGCCGCCGAGACGCGCGGCUGGCUCGCCGACAAGCUCGCCAAGCUGCACAACGACCACCAGCAAGGCGAAGUAACCGAUCUGGAAGACAAGAUAAAGAAGUUGCAGAAGCACCAGGCCUUCACGGCCGAACUAGCCGCCAACCGCGCGCGCCUGCAGGAGAUCCAGGCGCUGGCUGAGCAGCUGCGCCCUGACGAGGAGGUGGAGAAACAGAUGGCUCAGCUGAAGGAAGAUUGGGGAAAGCUCGAGAAGGCUACCGAGGAGAGAGGGCGCGGGCUGGAGGAGGCGCAGGACAUCCUGGAGUUCAACCAGCACCUGGACAAGAUCGAGGCCUGGAUCCGCGACAAGGAGAUGAUGGUGCAAGCGCACGAGCUGGGCCGCGACUACGAGCACUGCUCGGCGCUGGUGCGCAAGCUGGACGACCUGGACUCCGACAUGAAGGUGGACGAGCAGCGCGUCCGGACCACCUGCGCGCUCGCCGACCGCCUGCUGCGCCAGGGCCCGACGCAGCAGGCGGCGGCGGUGGCGGCGCGGCGCGACGCGCUGCUGGGCAAGUGGCGCGCGCUCAGCGGCCACCUGCAGGCCUACCGCGACGCGCUCGCCGCCGCGCUCGAGGCGCACGCCUUCAACAGGGACGUGGAAGACACCGCGGAGCGCAUAGCGAAGAAAGCAGCCCUCUUCAGCAGCAACGAGCGCGGGCGCGACCUGGACGCCGCGCAGGAGUUGAAGAGGAGGCAUCUGGCCAGGGCGGCGGAGGCCGGUGCCGUCGGAGACAAGAUCAAGCAGCUGUGCGCAGAGGGAGCCACGCUGCAGAGGAAACAUCCAGACCGCGCCGAGGAGAUCGAGGCGCGCCUGGCGUCCCUGCGCGAGGACUGGCAGCGCCUGCAGCAGCUCGCCGCGCGCCGCACCGCGCUGCUGGACGACGCCAUCGCCGAGCACAAGUUCGAUGACAGCCUUAAGGAGCUGGAGGUGUGGGUGUCGGAGCGCGUGAAGCGCAUGCAGCGCGGCGCCGCGCCCGACUCCGCGCCCGCCGCCCGGGCCAUGCUCGACGCGCACCACGAGAGGAAGACGGAGAUAGACAAUCGCCAGAAGAGCAUAGCGGCGCUGCAGCGCGAAGAACAGAGCCCGGAGAAGCUGAAGAAGCUCACGGAGCUGGCGCAGACCCUCGACCAGGCCUGGCUGCAGCGAGAACAGCAUCUCACACAGGCGCACCAGCUGCAGCUGCUGAAGGAGCAAGCGAGACAGACAGAAGACUGGCUUGCAGCUAAGGAGGCUUUCCUGAACAAUGAUGAUCUCGGCGAGAACCUAGACGCCGUGGAAACCCUGAUCAGGAAGCACGCAGAGUUCGCCAAGCUGCUGGAGUCGGGAGUGGCGCGAGUGGAGGAGCUGGAGACCUUCGCUCGCUCGCUGCUGGAGGGAGGACACUACGACCAGGCCUACAUCGAGCGACGACUCGCCGCCAUCUUGGCGAGGAGAGACAAACUCAAGGAGUCGUGCCGCGCGCGCGGCGUGAUGCUGCAGCAGUCCAAGCAGCUGCUGGAGUUCCUGCGAGACCUGGAGCACGAGCAGGAGUGGAUCGCGCUCAAGAUGCAGACCGCCACCGACCACAACUACAGAGAACUGUCGAACCUGCAGAGCAAGAUUCAGAAGCACGCGGCCUUCGAGUCGGAGCUGGCGUCCAACAAGAAGCGUAUAGACGACGUCGCCAACCGCGGCGAGGAGCUCAUAGAGGCGAAACACUAUGCAUCGCAGGAGAUCUCCACGCACGUGGAGGAGCUGGAGAACCAGUGGAGAGAACUUCAGGUAUCAUUCUUAAUUUAAUGCGUAUUCUGUUCAACUUUUGAUUAGACCCCGUUGUAGUGGGUGUGUAAAUCGGUGAUCUAAU